GUUCAAAUGGAAAGAAGGCGCCGACAUCUUACCGCCAUUUUGGUAUCAGUUCGAACCACAACUAAUCGUACUAAGCACACCAUAUGAAUUCAGAACAAUCAUAAUCUUCACUCUGAAAUAAGAACCCUAGGUUUAUGGAAGACGACGACGACGAAGUUUUAUCUGUCUCAGAUACCAGCGAUUCGAGCCAAGAUUUCAUUUGCGACGAGUCUGAAGAUGGCAGUGAUGAUUUAUGUAGAUCUGGCAGCGAUGAAAAUUGUGAAGGAAACUCCGUCGCACAACCAGCUGCGCACAAUCAAAAAUCGCAGAACGUUGAUGCUCUUUUGAGAGGAAAUCUUGUUGUUAAAAGGCAAUCUCUACUUCCACGAGUUCUUUCAGUCACAGAAAGAGAAGCUGUUCUUAAGAAGCCUUUCAAACCUCCUUCUGCCGAUGGCUACUCCAAUGAAAACGAACAAUUGAACCGGCGUCUGUGGGCUCGUAAACGGUUUGUACCUUGGGGCUCAAACAGGCCAGCUUUGGUUCCCAUUACAAACAGGUUGAAUCCUCUUGUUUCUGCAGAGGAGGAAGUUCCAGAAGAAAUUACUAAGCUGCCACCAGAUAUUGAACCUUUGAUCUUAUGGCAGUCUGAAAAAUCUGAAGAUGGAGAUAAUAAUUCAAUAUCAAUUGAAGUCGAUCAUAUGCUUGUUAAGUUUCUUCGACCCCAUCAAAGGGAAGGUGUCCAGUUCAUGUUUGAAUGUGUUUCAGGUUUAUGCACCCCUGAUAUCAAUGGCUGCAUUCUGGCUGAUGACAUGGGAUUGGGGAAGACUUUGCAGUCAAUUACACUUCUGUACACUCUUCUUCGUCAAGGAUUUAAUGGAAAACCAAUGGUGCGGAAGGGCAUAAUUGUAACUCCAACUAGUCUAGUAAGCAAUUGGGAGGCAGAAAUUAAGAAAUGGGUUGGUGAAAGAAUUAAGCUUGUUGCUCUAUGUGAAAGUAGUCGUGAUGAUGUCAUCUCUAGCAUUGAUAACUUCAGAAGCCCACAAAGCCAGUUACAGGUACUGAUUGUUUCCUAUGAGACCUUUCGGAUGCAUUCAUCAAAAUUUAAUGAUAGUGGCUCUUGUGAUCUUCUCAUAUGUGAUGAAGCACACAGGCUGAAAAAUGACCAGACAUUGACUAACAGAGCAUUGGCAGCUCUAUCUUGCAGAAGACGCAUUUUAUUGUCUGGGACUCCAAUGCAAAAUCAUCUAGAAGAGUUUUUUGCAAUGGUGAACUUCACCAACCCAGGGAUUUUGGGUGAUGCUGCAUUUUUUCGGCGUUAUUAUGAGACACCAAUCAUUUGUGGAAGAGAACCUAUUGCCUCUGAAGAGGAGAAACAUCUUGCUAAUGAGCGGUCUGCAGAACUGAGUGCCAAGGUUAAUCAGUUUAUAUUGAGGAGAACUAAUGCAUUGCUAUCAAAUCACUUACCACCAAAGAUAGUUGAGGUUGUAUGUUGCAAACUGACUCCUCUACAAGCAGAACUCUACAAUCACUUUAUUCGUUCAAAAAAUGUGAAACAAGCAAUUGUUGAAGAUGUGAAACAGACAAAAAUUCUGGCUUAUAUAACUGCCCUGAAGAAGCUCUGCAAUCAUCCAAAGCUGAUUUAUGAUACAAUGAAAAGUGGGAAGCCAGGGACAUCAGGGUUUGAAAACUGCAUGCGUUUUUUCCCUCCAGAAAUGUUCUCCGGAAGAUCUGGAUCUUGGACUGGUGGUGAUGGAUCAUGGGUUGAACUGUCAGGAAAGAUGCAAGUCUUGGCCCGAUUGUUGGCCCAUCUUCGUAAGAGAACAGAUGAUCGAAUUGUAUUGGUUUCAAAUUACACCCAGACACUGGACCUUAUUGUUCAAUUAUGUCGAGAAAGAAGAUAUCCUUUCUUAAGGCUUGAUGGGUCCACAUCAAUCAGCAAAAGACAAAAGUUGGUCAACUGCUUCAAUGAUCCAUCAAAGGAUGAGUUUGCAUUUCUUUUGAGCAGCAAAGCUGGUGGUUGUGGCCUCAAUUUGAUAGGUGGAAAUAGACUUGUUCUGUUUGACCCUGAUUGGAAUCCUGCAAAUGACAAACAAGCUGCUGCAAGAGUGUGGAGGGAUGGGCAGAAGAAGAGAGUAUACAUCUAUAGGUUUUUGAGCACUGGAACUAUUGAAGAAAAGGUGUACCAGCGUCAGAUGUCGAAAGAAGGGCUUCAAAAAGUUAUUCAACAAGAGCAAUCCGAUUCCAAGAUUCAGGGGACCAAUCUUUCUACUGAGGAUCUACGGGAUCUAUUUACAUUUCAUGAGAAUGCAAGGUCUGAUAUUCAUGAGAAGAUGAUCUGUACACGUUGUGAGAAAUCUGGAGAACAAGAAACAGAUGCAAUGAGAGAUAAUGCUGGUUCUCCAGAUGAAGAUUGCCAAUCUGAUGAAGAGGAUAUUGGGGGAUUUGCAGGUAUUUCUGGAUGCUUGCAUAAGUUAAAAAGAUCAGAGAAACAGGUGGGUACCCCAUUGGAAGAGGAUCUAGCUAGCUGGGGUCAUCAUUCUUCCCCAAAUACUGUACCUGAUACUAUUUUUCAAGCAGCAGCUGGAGAUGAGGUGACUUUUGUUUUUACAAACCAAAUUAGUGGAAAGCUUGUACCUGUGGAAUCAAUGGUUAAGUCAAAACCAGAUGUUACUACAGACACAAACACAGGAAAGGGAAAUUUAUACACAAGUCACGUGAUAUCAUCUAAACCUCCAUCAUUCAUCAGUAGAAGCAAAUUACCAACUUUUGUUAAGCCUUCACAAGAUAAACACUUUAUAGGAAGAUCGACUGAAGGCACAUCCAAAUCCAAUGUAUCAUUAAAACCUAAACCUUCUCUUCCUAAUUAUUUGCCUCAAAAGAGACUCUCUUCUGCUCCUGAUGAUGAUGAUUUUGCAUAAACUCUAAUUAUAUUCUUUUACAUGUCAUUUUUCUUUGCACAUUGGUUUUAAAUAGCUUUAUCACUUUAUUAUAAUUUCUUCUUCACUCUAAUAUUUUCAUGU